UUUUUUGAAAAGGAUGUUUUGUUUGCUUUCAAUGUACAACAUGACUGCAAGAACGAACAAUGUGCUACUACAGGUAAACAUAUGCAGUUACAGGAACGGCAAGAGUCUGGGGCGGAAAUCCCCAUGUUUGAGCACACCGCAGGGGAACACUUCGUCAUCAACACUCACACAUUACACAAUGCCCAUCUUUUGCGUGAAGCGCUUCCUCAUGAUCUGACAAAACCUGUUUGA